AUGGAGGAAGAGGCAGAAGAUAGAGCAGAUGGAGCUGUCAAGCAUCAAGGACUCAUCAAGGGUCAGAAAUCCUUCUUGGGGAGCAAGUCAAGAUGGAAGGCCCGGAUUGAUGAAGAUGUGAAGAGCAGCAUCUUGCAGAAGCUUGGGGUUUUCGGGAGCAAGUUUGUGAAGAAGAUCUUCUACAAGAUUCCCAUCGCUGUAGUCUCGAGCGGUGUCAUGUAUGAUACGUUCGUGUUAGCGGCUGACGAAGAUAUUAGGGUUCUGUUUCAUUGCGUAAGGAGUUUUCCUGAGGUCAGAAUACACGAGCUGUAUGCGAAGUUGGAGGUUACUCUGGAUAGUUCUGGGGCAUCGGCUCCUGUUCAUAGCUCGACUGCCGCAGGCGGUGCGUCUUGCUCGGUGCCUGCGAUCCGGCCAUCUAUUCCGCAGGUUGCCUCACCUUCCUUUGCAGCUGAUUUGGUACAAACGGAGGCAGUUCGUACUGUACCUUCCCCGAAUCAAGGGGUCUUGCAGCAAGCAUUUCAGGGGGAAUCAGGUCGUGCCACAGAUGAUGAAGUUCAAGGCUUUGGGGAACCUGAUCGAGUAGAGAAUGCAAUGCGGGACGAUGACUCUGACCAGGAGCCUGAAAAUAUAUUUGGGGACAGCGAUGAUGACACCGCAUUACCCUCCACACUUCUCGACGCUAAACUUGGAGGCUCUGGGUACCCGGCGGGAGUUGCUACACUUGGCGGUUCGUCAACAGAAUUUCAUAUUGGGCAAUCCUUCCAGAGUAAAGAUGAAGCUGUUCUUAGUGUGAAGGACUAUAGCAUCCGUCGAGGUGUUGAGUACCGAGUGUUGGAAUCGGACCAUCUGAAGUAUCAUGGAAAGUGCAAGGAUUUCAGCAAAAGUUGUAGUUGGCUGAUUCGAAUUUCGCUCCGUGCACGAAAGGGCACUUGGGAGGUAAGGAGGUACAACGGUCUCCACACUUGCUUAGCCACAUCUAUUUCCAGUGAUCACCGUCAGCUUGAUUACCACGUUAUUUGUGCGAGAAUUUUUCCGUUGGUUAGUGCGGAUGCUGCAGUACCGAUCAAGGUGUUGCAACAAGCAACUGAAGCUGAUUACGGCUUCAAGCCCAGUUACCGGAAGGUUUGGAAAGCAAAACAGAAGGCAGUUGCACAAAUAUAUGGAGAUUGGGAAGAGUCUUAUGCUGAGUUGCCACGUUGGAUGCUAGGAGUGCAGUUGACGAUGCCCGGGACAGUUACUGUGUUGCAGACCUCUCCUGUUCGAGUUGUGGACCAGGUUGAUGAGUCGACAGUGUACUUUCAUCGUCUGUUCUGGACAUUUCCACCUUGCAUUGAGGCCUUCCAGCAUUGCAAGCCACUUGUGAGUAUUGAUGGUACGCACUUGUACGGCAAAUAUGGAGGCACCUUACUGUUGGCGAUUGCACAGGAUGGGAACUCAAACAUCCUCCCGAUAGCAUUCGCCCUUGUGGAGGGAGAAAAUGCCGAGUCAUGGUCUUUUUUCUUGUCCAACUUAAGAACGCAUGUGACGCCACAAGAGGGUAUCCUUGUUAUCUCAGAUAGGCAUAACGGCAUCAAGGCUGCACUUGAGAAUCCCGUGAAUGGUUGGCUGCCACCACGUGCUUAUCGGGCGUACUGUAUCCGUCAUGUGGCAGCAAAUUUCAGCCUUUCUUUUAAAUGUAAGGAUGCCAGAAGGAUGCUGGUUAAUGCGGCGUACGCAAAAACUGAGGCAGAGUUCUAUUACUGGUUUGACAUCAUGCGUACAGAGAAUCCGGCCAUGUGUGACUGGGCGAACUGGAUGGAGUAUGAGAAGUGGACCCAACACCAGGAUAGCGGUAGACGGUUCGGACACAUGACGACGAACAUCAGUGAAUGCGUGAACUCCGUGUUAAAGGGAACUUGCAACCUACCGGUCACUUCCUUGGUAAAGUCCACAUACGGAAGGCUUGCUGAGCUAUUCGUGCUCCGGGGACAAACAGCAGAGGCGCAAGUUGGAUCUGGACAACAAUUUUGUCAGGCUUUGAUAAAAUCGAUUUUUAUUGGCAACUAA